GGCUGCUGCCUUUAAAUGCUUCCUGUAUUAGCAGCAGCUUUGGCAGCAGAUGAGCCUGCCUACUUAACAGUCGGGACUGAUGUCAGUGCCAAGUACCGUGGUGCCUUUUGUGAGGCAAAGAUAAAGACGGUGAAAAGGCUAGUGAAAGUCAAGGUAACUCUGAAACAGGACAGUUCAACUCAGCUAGUGCAAGAUGAUCAAGUGAAAGGACCUUUAAGAGUUGGUGCAACAGUUGAAACCAAGAUGCCUGAUGGAUCUUUCCAUGAAGCUACUAUCAGCAAAUUGACAGAUGCCAGCUGGUAUACAGUAGUUUUUGAUGACGGUGAUGAAAGGACAUUGAGGAGAACUUCAUUAUGCUUGAAAGGAGAAAGACACUUUGCAGAAAGUGAGACACUUGACCAACUACCAUUAACAAAUCCAGAGCACUUUGGAACCCCGGUUAUUGGGAAGAAAUCCAACAGGGGAAGGCGAUCUUCUCUUCCUGUUACUGAAGAUGAAAAAGAGGAAGAAAGCAGCGAAGAAGAGGAUGAAGAUAAGAGACGUUUGAAUGAUGAAUUGCUUGGUAAAGUUGUGAGUGUAAUUUCUAGCUCUGAGAAGACAGACUGGUAUCCAGCUUUGGUAAUAUCUCCCAGCUGUAAUGAUGACAUCACAGUGAAAAAGGACCAGUGUUUAGUUCGCUCUUUUGCAGAUUCCAAAUUUUAUUCAAUAGCAAGAAAGGACAUCAAGGAACUAGAUAUUAUAAAUCUACCAAAAUCUGAGCUUUCUACUAAAAGAGGAUUACAGGAAGCAAGCACUUUCUUCAAUACAAAAGGUGUUCCUGGUAACUGGAAAAUGGACAUGAGUGAAAUUCUGGAGUCCUCUAGCAGUGAUGAGGAAGAUGGAGCUGCAGCAGAAAGCGAUGAAGAAGAAGACAAACAGGAUGAAAAGCAGGAAGAAGCAACACCUGAGGAAGAGCUUGAUCCUGAAGAGAGGGACAACUUCCUCCAACAGCUUUACAAGUUUAUGGAAGACAGAGGUACUCCUAUCAACAAACCACCUGUUCUAGGCUACAAAGAUCUUAACCUCUUCAAACUUUUUAGGCUGGUGUUUCAGCAGGGUGGGUGUGACAAUAUUGACAGUGGUGCUGUAUGGAAGCAAAUUUAUAUGGACCUUGGCAUUCCCAUUUUGAACUCAGCUGCUUCCUACAAUGUAAAAACUGCUUAUAGAAAGUAUCUUUAUGGUUUUGAAGAGUACUGCCGCUCUGCAAACAUUCAGUUUAGGACUAUCCAUCACAAUGAACCAAAAGUGGUAGACUUACCGAAACAAGAGGAACCAAUGGAGGAAAGUGUAAAAGAGGAACAAGAGAUGCCCCCAAUAGAAAUAAAAAAAGAAGUUGAGGAAAACGAUUCCAGCAGUGAAAGUGAAAAGGAGGAAAUAGAACUAAGAUCCCCAAGAGGGCGGAGGAGACUUGUUCGUGAUGCAACACCUGCUAAAAAAGAAACGGAAGAGGAUAAAACACAGGACAAGUUAAAAGACAGUAACAAAGAAAAUAAAGAGGUAGAUGAAACACCUGAGAAUGCAGACAAGAAGGAAAAUGAGACUCCACUAGGGAAAAAGAAUACGCCAAAGCAAAAAGAAAAGAAAAUGAAAAAAGAGGAAUCUGAUAAAGAAUCUGAUGAAGAGGAGGAGAGCAGGAGAGAAAGAGAGGAAAUUGAAAACAAAGGAGAAUCAGAAGGGGAAGAUGAUGAGGAGGACACAGAGCCCUGUCUAACUGGAACCAAAGUGAAAGUGAAAUAUGGACGGGGAAAAACUCAGAAAAUUUAUGAAGCCAGUAUUAAAAGCACCGAAGUUGAUGAUGGAGAAAUUUUAUAUUUAGUACACUACUAUGGUUGGAAUGUAAGAUAUGAUGAAUGGGUGAAAGCUGAUCGGAUUAUCUGGCCUUUGGACAAAGGAGGACCAAAGAGAAAACAAAAGAAAAAAGCAAAAAAUAAAGACGACAGUGAAAAAGAUGAAAAGAAGGAUGAAGAGAAGCAGAAAUCAAAACGUGGACGUCCCCCUCUGAAAUCUACACUUCUAUCAAAUAUGUCUUGCAACUUAUCCAAAACACCUAAUAGUGAAGGUAAAGCAGGAGCCAGAAGUGCAAGAAGUAAUUUGUCAGAUUGUUCACCAUUACCAAAUGGAACAGAAGACUCUGACUCAUCUGACAGUGAGGGAGAUGAGAGUUCGGAAAAGACUUUGAAUGAAUUUUCUCCAGAAGUUUCAGAACCAGAAAAAAACGAAAAACUAAUUGAUGAGAAACCUGAUGAAGAAAACCCAAAGAUUUCACAUGCAUUGAAAGAAAAUGACAGGACUCAAGUGCAACCAUUAGAAACUUUGAAACUGGAAGUUGAAGAAAGUGAACAAAUUGUUCAGAUUUUUGGAAAUAAAACUGAACAAGUGGAAGACAUUAAAAAAGAGACUGAAAAAUCACCUAAAGGGAAGGGGAGAAGGAGCAAGACAAAGGACCCUUCUUUAGAGAAUGUAAAGAUUCCAGGAAGCCAGGAAGAAGCAACAAAUGAAUCUCUCUUAGAAACUGAAAGAUUAGAUGUUUCUUCAUUGGAUACUAAAGAGUUUUCCACCACUACUGAAAAUGAAAUGGAACCUUGCGUAAAAGAUAAGAAAUUUUUGAAAAGGAAAACAGAACAGUCAUCCCCUGAUAAAAGAGUACGACUGGAGAGUGAGAUGGAAGUGUCAAACAUUGUGACUGAGAAGACCAACGAAUGUCUCGGGACAGCAGAAUGUAAAGAUUUAAAUGCUGAAGAAUCACUCAGAACUGAAAAUGAGGAAAUGCCAUCGUUAGUGGCAGAAUCGGACCAACGGGUUCAACAGCUAAUGAAUGAAAACUUUGAAUGUCCAUCUGAGGAAAGUGGGAAUGUUCCAUCAAAGGAUGAGGAUGACACCAUGCCUCAAAUUGGACCAGAAACUCUCCUGUGCCAUGAAGUGGACUUGGAUGACUUUGACGAGAAGGAAAAGAGCGUCACUGAGGAUCCAGUGUUGGAAAAGCCAGGCUCCAACACUCCACAUUCAAACCCAUCUGCCUUACCCUCUGCAGUCCAGCCAAACUUCUCAGUGGCCUCACCCCUUGCCCUUAGUCAGGAUGAAUCACGCAGUAUAAAGAGUGAAAGUGAUAUAACUAUUGAAGUGGACAGCGUGGCAGAAGAAUCUCAAGAAGGUCUCUGUGAAAGUGAGUCUGCUAAUGGAUUUGAAGCCAGUACGACUUCAAGCAUUUGUAGUCUAGCAGUACAAGAAAGGGACACUGGAGAGAAGGGUCAAAAAAGGCCAAGUGAUGGCAAUAGUGGGACACUGGCAAAGAAACAAAAGCGUACUCCAAAGCGAACAAGUGCUGUAGCCAAAAAUGAAAAGAAUCUCAUAGGACAAAGUAGUGAUAGUGAAGAUCUUCCAGUCCUGGACAGUUCAAGUAAAUGUACUCCAGUCAAACACAUUAAUAUGUCGAAAUCACAGAAGCUUGCUCGAUCCCCAGCAAGAGUGAUUUCCCCUCAUAUCAAAGAUGGAGAAAAGGAUAAACAUAGAGAGAAACAUCAUCAGCAGAAUGCUUCUCCCAGAGUGUAUAAAUGGAGUUUUCAGCUCAAUGAAUUGGACAACAUGAACAGCACUGAGAGAAUCUCUUUUCUGCAAGAAAAAUUACAGGAAAUACGAAAAUACUACAUGUCUUUGAAGUCAGAAGUAGCAACCAUAGACAGGAGAAGGAAACGAUUAAAAAAGAAAGAUAGAGAAGUGUCUCAUACAGGAGCAUCCAUGUCUUCUGCUUCAUCAGACACUGGAAUGAGUCCAUCAUCAUCCUCUCCUCCACAGAAUGUGCUUGCUGUAGAAUGCAGGUGAUACACAUUUCUCUGCCUUGCCAGCAGCUUGCUGCCAUGGACAUAAAUACUGAAGUCCUGAAAUACAUCCGCAGAAAGCACUCAACUGGUUUGACAUUGCCAAGUAUAUUCUGUACACUCUUCCACUGCUGGACUGUAUGUUGUUUUUUUUUUUCCCCCUCCCCUCUUUUUUAUUUUUAAUUUUACUGUUCGGAGAAAUUAAGCUCGUUGGUAACCGAAGGUUUGUAGGCACAAUCUGACAUGUAUGUCAUUGUGUAUAUUUGUGUUUUGUCAGCACAGAGAAAGGGCACUUACCAAAUUUGAAAAGAUAUGUCCAAUGAAGCCUUCAGGUGUUCUAGGGAAAUCGUAGAAAAGCAAGUGCACCCAACAGACAUCAAAAUAUUAUCAAAAAGAAUCGAGUAACUGCUGCACUUUCCUCGAACUGUAUGUUAACCCUUGGUGAGUAGUUCCUCUUUGUGGAAGCACUUGCUAUACAGAACUGCCAAAGUAUAUGUUCAGCAAUGUGCCCAGUUUUAAAGGUGUAUAUGGGACAAAAUAAAUUGUGAAAGGAAGUGUAGUUUACUGAAAACUACAGUUGUAAUAAGUCUUCCACUUUUUAUAGGAUUUUUGAGCACACAAUUAUGCAAAUAUUUUAAUGUUUAUUAAUGUUUACAGUGGAAUUGUGAAUAGGUUUUCAGUGGACUAUCUUAUUCCUUGACAAAAAUAUUUUGUCUUUUUUCUAUGUAAUUUCAGAGUUUUUAUUUUGUUACAAAAAGACAAAAAAUGAAAUAUAUAACAACAAUGAAGUUAUUUAACAAGAUUUCUAAAGCUGAAAUUUUUUUGUGUAAAAUAAGGUAUCUUACAACUUGUUAAAUAUAUUUAUUCAGACAUUGGAUGUUGUAUUUUUAUGUAUUUUUUAAAAUAUUAAUAAAAUUGGAAAAAAAAAAUCUAGGUUAGUUCACUCUUUCGAUAAAACAUUACCUAUCAGUUGUAGCUCUUACAGGAGGUUUAUCCAGUAGCCAUGCCUGUAUGUAAAGUGGGUCUGUCUAUACUUAUUUUCCACAGUGUAGAACUGUAAUCAGGCAUUGGAUUAAAUUAUGACCUUAUUUGGAAACUUUGGCAGUCCUCGUACUUAUUGUUUUGAGGAACAAAUUCUAUUGGGUUGCCCUUAAGAUGCUUUGUCACAGUUUUGUUUGCUAUACUGCCGAAUGAAUUUCUAUCUCCCAGAGCUGAGAUGCAACAAUAAAGUAAAGCAACUGUGUAUGCUUUGUCUGUGGAUUGUCCCACAGACGGAUACAGUUUGUAAAUAACUCUUCCAAAACCAUGUAUUUAAAAGUUUGCAUAUACAUUAUGUAUAAAGUGAUUUUUUUA